AGAUGCUGUCGCUGCUGAUUUCCUGCGUCCUGUUGGUGGCUGGUGCCGCUGGGUGUGGCCAGCCAGCCUACUCUGGCCAUAGCCGAGUGGUGAAUGGCGAAGACGCUGUGCCUUACAGCUGGCCCUGGCAGAUCUCCCUCCAGUACGAGAGAGAUGGCACCUUCCGUCACACCUGUGGAGGGUCCCUCAUUACCCCCGACUGGGUCCUGACGGCUGCCCACUGCAUCUCGCGAUCCCGUACUUAUAAGGUGGUCUUGGGGGAUUAUGACUUUACUGUCGAGGAAGGGCCUGAGCAACACAUCCCCAUCAACCCCGAAGACAUUUUCGUGAAUCCCAGCUGGAAACCUGGUUGUGUGUCCUGCGGGUAA